AUGUUCCGAGGAAGCAGUUUGCGCCUGGCGCAGGCCUUGCUCAUUGUAGCACCGGCUUUCAUCGUCUUUGGUUACAACCAGUCCGGUCUCGGUCCCCUCGCCACUUUGGAGAGUUGGGUGAAGAUCUUCCCUGAAAUCGACACCAUCAACACAUCCGGUGCUCAGAAAUCUCAAAACUCGACAAACAAGGGUACCAUCAUUGGAUCCUUCCAGCUUGGUGCUCUCAUCGGAGCGUUGUCAUGUUCAUACAUUGGUGAAUGGUUCGGUCGCCGCAAGACCAUCUUCUUGGGUGCCAUCCUCACAAUCAUUGGUCAAAUCCUGCAAACCGCAGCAUACGGCCUGCCGCAGUUCGUCGUGGGCCGUGUCAUCCUCGGUCUCGGUGUUGGUCAGUUCAGUGUCGCUGUCCCUGUCUGGCAGUCCGAGUCAACCUCCGCCAAAAAUCGUGGAAAGCAUGUCGUCGUGGACGGUAUCUGUAUUUGCUUCGGUUAUGUCCUGUGUAACUGGAUUGACUUUGGGUUAAGCAAGGUUAAUGGUGACCUGCAAUGGCGUAUCCCGCUGGCUAUCUCACUGUUCUUCUCCCUCGUUGUUUUGCUAUCAGUCUUCCUGAUGCCUGAGUCUCCUCGUUGGCUCGUCCGCGUGGGUCGUAUCGAAGAAGCGACCAAGAGUCUGGCGGCCUUUAAGGGUCUUCCCGAUGAUGAUGAGGCCGUCCGUAUUGAGAUCUCUGGUAUUGAGACCUCCCUGGAGGUUUCCGUUGCUAGUGCCUCUCUCAUGGACAUCUUCAACUUCAACAAGCCCGACGAUGAACGUCUGCUCUACCGAUUCUGCCUCUGCGUUGCCCUUCAGUUCUUCCAACAGAUGUGUGGUGGUAACCUCAUCUCCACAUACGUCUCCACGAUCUUCGAAGAGAACCUCAACAUGUCCAGCGACCUGGCUCGCAUCCUGUCGUCUUGCGCCAUGACAUGGAAGUUCCUCUGCAGCAACAUUGCCUUCUUCGCCAUCGACCGUCUCGGCCGCCGCAAGAUCUUCAUGAUCAGUGGAACUGGUAUGUCCAUCUGCAUGAUGGUUCUCGCCAUCACCACCAGCUUCGGUGAAAACCACAAAGCCUCCAUUGUGUCUGCUGUGUUCAUCUUCCUCUUCAACUCCUUCUACCCCGUCGGCUUCCUCGGCGGUAACUUCCUCUAUUGUACCGAAGUCGCGCCCAUGCGUCUCCGUGUCGCCAUGUCCGCCGUCUCCACUGCCAACCACUGGUUGUGGAACUUCGUCGUCGUCAUGAUCACCCCCGUCGCCCUCGAUACCAUCGGAUACAAGUACUACAUUGUGUACACCGUCAUCUCGGCCUGUAUCCCUAUUUCCGUCUACUUCUUCUACCCCGAGACGAUGAACCGCAACCUCGAGGCCCUGAACCACGUCUUCCGCGACGCGCCUACCACCUGGGACAUUGUCUCCAUGGCCCGCAAUUUGCCACAGGGUGAGGCCGCCGAGGUUGAUGUCUGGAUGCGGGGUGACGAGAAGCGCGAUAUCGAGCAGAAGGAGGUUGCAUAA